CCCUUUACGACGUGAUCAUUGGGCUUGUCGUGCAUUGAGCAGAGGAUCGAAGCAUUGGAUUUCUGUCAGUGUAAAGUGUUGUGAAUGUGUCUAGGUACUUACGUGUGGGGUAAACAGCCCAAGAAGUGCAUUCCGACCCUUAUCAGUGCCAACCGGAUAAAUUCAGCAGUUACCUGAUCAGACCCACAAGUUCAAGGUGUUUGGCAGCCAUUGCACAUUCAAGCGGUUUCCAUUUGAGCGAGUCGGUGGCUAAUUCUCCAGAUUGGCCAUCGUCAGAAUUUCAAGUACGUCCCCAAUUCCCUCAACGAUCGAUCCUUCAUCGACGGAAGUCGACCGUCCUGAAAGCUACUGGAGUGUUAAGGGUGGUCUAAUGGGUUGUCAUCGUCCGGAUUCCAGGACCACUUCACUCAGAGUUCGGACGGUUCUCCUUAAACCAUGAAGAAACAAGAAAAACCAGCCGUUUUUGCCGACAUGGUGGAGGAAAGUGCAAAAAACUCACGACAACAACUCAAGAGACAAUUUAGUCGUCAAGAGUCUUAAGACACAUUGUCAUUGGGCAUCCAAAUCAAUACACCAGGAAGAAUACUACGAAAUCUGACGAGUUGAGCAAUACUUGGACGCGAUUCAACAACCGCUUCUCGAAGGACCUUGGACCGCCCACCCGGAUAGAUAUUAAUCGUGUCAAGUGUGUCCGAGACGCCACCUCUUCAACAACCGAGAAGCAAACACACAUUCCACAAGAACCACACAUCAAGGCAAACUAAGGAGUAUCAAGCAUCAUCAGUGACCAUGGUGAAUCUUCAUCCUGCCAUUACGGUGAUUCCUAUUAUCAUUCAGUACGAGGAUUGGACCCGUAAGGAGAUCGGAUAUGAGAGGAAACUCAGCAGGGGUAGCCAAGUGACAGAAACCAUCACAGAAGUCAAACAAUAUAUCAAUGGGCAAGAGGUGAAAUCCGACAACUCUACACCCAAAGCCAAAUCCACCGAAAGCCAAGCCAAACCAACCUCAGAAGCGGCGGCGGACUCAUCGGCGAGUAGUUCUGAUGAAGGAGAGUCCAAUGAUGACUUUGCUAAUCAAGCUUUAAAAGCACAUAACAGCUACAGGAGAAAGCACGGAGUCAACCCUUUGAAACUAAGCCCAAACCUCUGCAAUUUCGCCAUGCAAUGGGCCCAGAAAUUGGCUAAUGAAGAUCAAUUCUAUCACCGCCCAAGUAACAACUAUGGAGAAAACAUUUACAUGUCGUUUGAUUCCAAUCCCAAUGUUACAGUCUCUGGAUCCGACCCCGUUCAAAGCUGGUACUCGGAAAUUAAGGAUCACACUUUUGGUGUUGAACCCCGAUCGAUGAAUACAGGACAUUUCACGCAAGUGGUUUGGAAAACAACCAAAAAUUUGGGGAUCGCCAUGGCCAAAUCGAGAUCCGGCAAGACGAUCGUUGUGGCCAACUAUGAGCCGGCUGGAAACUUUAUUGGCUCUUAUGCCAAUAAUGUACCGCCACCUCAGUGAUUGAUUGGGUUUCUUCGGGUGUAGUUACCUGAAAAGACAUAUUUUGAUAAUAAACUAAGCUAUAUCGAGGGUUA